CACCGUCGGCCUGACAAUCGUUCGUAUGGCGGUCGGACGAGGACCGAACGCGGUCGUUCUCCGCGUUAAUACGCAUUGCAAAACGUGGGAUAAAUAAGCGAGAGAAUGGUACAAUCAUGAUUCAAGCUGGAAACGACUCUGAAGAGAGUUCAGCAGCUCGGAUGUCCUGUAUACACUGUAUACAACGGUGACACAGCUGUACACACAUAGGUCACAGCCAUGGAUAUACAGAAGAAAUUCCUGUGCCCCCGAUUGGUAGAUUAUCUCGCCAUCGUGGGGGCCAGGAUGCCUGCUGCCUCUCGUCAGCCCGUACAGGUCCCGGAGUUGCUACGCAGAUAUCCGGUGGAGGAUCACAAGGAUUUUCCUCUGCCUCUGGAUAUGGUGUACUUCUGCCAACCGGAAGGUUGCAGUAGCGUGGGACCAAAGCGCACGGCCUUACGAGAGGCAACGUCCUUUACCUUCACCCUCACCGACAAAGAUUCAGGAAGAACGCGUUACGGGAUCUGUGUGAAUUUCUACCGACCUACUGAAAGAGCGGGGGUCGCUGGGGCUGGCGGAGGAAUUUCGCUUAAGAGAGAAAAGUACAAUACCACGUUUCGUAGAGAAAGCUGGAGGAAGAGCAUGGAGAGAAGCACGGAUUCCGCUUUUUCUAGCGACUAUAGGAGCAGUGCAGUGGGUCCUAGUGACUCUGAGAAGGAUUGCUCUAGUAGCAGGAGAGAUUCAGAUACCCCGCAGGUACCCCACGCCCCGAGAUUAGAAUUCAUCGCACCGAGUGGAGACAGCGAGAGCGGCGGCAGUCAUUCCCCUUCGCCACGUGCAUCUCGAAGACGUCAGAGGAUUCGCAAUCAUUCCUUGACUUCACUAUGCAUAAUUUCUCAUCAUCCGUUCUUCUCGAUGUUCCGAGAAUGUCUUUUCGUUCUAAAGAAGAUUAUCGACGCGUGCAACGAGAGUUUUUCGCCACAGAAAGUGGGAGCUUCUCGACAGACCAACAGAGAUACAGUAUGGAGUGUUCUGACGGGUCAGGCUCUGGGCGACACGCCGUCUAUCGUACUUCACGACGUUCGCGAAAUUGAGACAUGGAUACUGCGUUUACUCAGCAGCCCCGUGCCCGUUCCAGCAAAGACACGUGUCGAGGUUGAGAUAAUAUCAUCAAGCCUGCAACCCCCGCUGUGUUUCGCCUUGCCAGACCAUACCAGGUUCUCCCUGAUCGAUUUUCCUCUGCACCUACCGUUGGAACUUCUCGGCGUCGACAUAUGUUUGAAGGUCCUCACGCUGAUUCUCUUGGAAAACAAGAUUGUACUUCAGUCACGGGAUUAUAACGCUUUGUCCAUGUCGGUCAUGGCGUUUGUUACGAUGAUCUACCCGUUGGAGUACAUGUUCCCCGCAAUACCCUUACUUCCCACGUGCAUGAGCUGCGCGGAACAAUUGCUGCUCGCUCCGACUCCCUUUGUGAUCGGAAUACCUGCGUCCUUCCUAUUGUACAAAAAGAACUUCAAGAUGCCCGAUGAUAUCUGGCUGGUAGACUUAGAUAGCAAUAAGAUAACGGCGCCAGGCGCUUUGGGCGAAGACAAUUUGCCACCUUUGCCAGAACCGGAGGGUACCAUCUUGAAGAAUCAUCUGAAGCAGGCAAUGCAACUGAUGGAUCAAGUUGGCUCUAGUGCGAUGGCCAGUAUGUCAGGCCCUCCAUUGCCCCCGCAAGACAUCUCGAUGCGUUUGUCUUUUCAGGCGCCCAUCAGAAGAGAAAGCGCAAUCUCCCAUCUUUCCAGUUUAAGUGUAGCUUCGACGAAGCACAGGCCGAGCGUCGAUCAGUGCUCACAUGUUCAGCACACUCCGUUGAAUUCACCUAGCAUGAGCUCAUCAUCGAGUCCACCUCGUCGGCCGUCGAUGUCACAGACGAUCGGUGGAUCCGGACCGGCCGGUCCGUAUCCGCCGAAGGUGACCGGACAGAGCCCGGCACCUUUCAAUCCCUUCAUCUACGGAAACGACGUGGAUUCAGUAGACAUUGCCACGCGGGUCGCUAUGGUGCGAUUCUUUAACUCGCAGAACCUGUUGGCCAACUUCACCGAGCACACUCGCACCCUGCGACUGUACCCCCGGCCAGUGGUGGCCUUCCAAAUCAAUUCGUUCCUUCGCUCGCGACCCAGGAAGAGCAGCUUUCUCAACAGAUUCGCGCGCACACAGGCGGUCGAGUUUUUGGCCGAAUGGUCCCUCACGCCAAGUAAUGUGGCCUUCCUCCGGGUGCAGACCGGGGUGUUCGAUCCAGCGCAAAUCGGCGACAAGCCGCGCUGGUACGCGACCAAUCUCGAGCCAAUUUACUUUCCCGUCUGGGACUCCGGUAGCUCGCUGGCGAACGCUCUGAAAGCGAUGAGAGAACACGAGACUCAGCCUACAGACGAAAGCGGCUCCGAUUCUGAGGGCGCCGAAAGCACCAGCUCCUCUUAUUCCUCCCUGAGCGAUUUUGUCUCUGAGAUGGCAUCGUCGGAUUUAUCGCCGGGGUACAAUUGCCCGCAAGUGAGUCAGCCCCAACAAAUGUCGCUCUCAGUGGAUCCGAAGAACGUUUACAAUCCACCAAGUUCUUUGCAAUAUCCCGGGGUGGAGGAAGAUUCACCAAUACGACCCGAGAGUCCGCCGAGCACGUCUUCUAGUCACAGCGAUCUCAGUAGCCCGAGCUUUAACAGGGACUCCGAGCUUGAGUUAAAUCCAAAAAUUCUCGAGGGUUCGCAGUCUACUAAUGAUAAAGAGGAGGGUGGUAGCUUUGAGUCAGACUCCGCGUCGACAAUAACACCGCGCACUAUCCUGAGUGCACAAAGUUCGGUAGGACAAUUCACAGGGAUAAGCAUGGGAUCUUUAGGCACUCAAUCUUCGCUCAACGAUACUGAACGUCCUACCACACCUCACAGGACCUCGCGUAUCAGUAGAUAUGUCACUCCUGUACCACCCACGGGACCGGGUCUACAGCGUCAGCCAAGCGUUGGCAACGUCCUGGCAAGAGCUUCCAGCUUCAACACUGCUGGUGGGCCUCUCUUGCCACGACAGAUAAGCGCAGUCAGCACCACCGAGCUUCAGCAUCACGAAGCGAUGCAGCUUCAACGUCAGGCAUCGGCAGGACCAACGAUCAUGCAGAAAUCUAGCAAUGAUAAUUUGGUGCAACGGCAGAACAGCGGUGGCAGCGGCAGUAGUACUACUACCGGAAACGGUGUUCUUCGACAGGGCUCGCAAGGUUCUCUGUUCGAGCAGAUUGCUAGUCAGGCGAAGGACUUAAUGCGCGAAACUAGACAGAGCAGUCAGGAUGGAUUACUUGCACAAAUGGACAAGCUGAAGCAGGCAAAAGAAAAAAUUACAGAGGCAAGCGAAGACAGUCUAUUCGCGCCAUUGGAGCAAUUGACGCAACAAACGAAGAAAGCGAUGGGUGAGGCCACCAAGUCGGUGCAAGAGGUAUCGAAAACCGCGCUGGAGGCGAGCAAAACCGCGGCGGGUGUUAGUAAAAAUACUCUGGACGAUCUGACUUACGUCGGCAAGAGCACAUUGGGAGAUCUGACAAAAAGUGCUAAAGAAGCCGCCGCAAAGAAAGGCUUGCUCAAGGGUCUUGGAGAAUCGCAACAAUCACCCACACAUUCGCCGCAAUCUCCCAAUACGCAGCAGCGGAAGGAUUCGGUCAGUAAUCAACUAGUCGCGUCUGAUUCUCGAAGUGGAGUUGGACGAGACUUUUUCAGCAAUAUUAGCAGCGAUCUGAACGGCUUCGCCGCACAGACCAGCAGCAUGUUCAGCGAUUUAUUCGGUAGUAAAAAUAAUUCCAAUCGAGGCAGUAGCUUCUUUCCACAAAAUCAGAAAUCGAAAGAGAAGACCAAUCCAAUUCUUGGACCAUUUCCUAAAGUUGUAGGAAAAACAGGAUUGGUAGAGCGUUCCUCGUUAAUAAAACAUUCUACACACAAAGUUAAUCAAGAAGACGCGCAGAGAAUGCAAAACGCAGAACGUUCCAACACAAAUAGCGACAAUCAAGCCUUUUUAAAUGAUGUGGUGACACAAGUGUUGGCUGGCGAAGGUGUUGGUUGGCUCAAAUUGAACAGAUUAAAGAAAUUAAUGGAGGAUGAAAAUUAUCGGGAUUUAGUUGUAACGAAGCUAAAUAAGGGUCUUAAUAGGAAGAUCAGUCCAAACGAUCACAUUGACGAUGUGGCCAUAUCAAAGCCCGUAUAUAAGGGAAUGUUAAAGUGCCUUCAAGCAGUAACGCACGGUCUCGCGCAUACGUAUAAUAAUUUCGGACUAGGCGGGAUGGCUUCUGUCUUCCAGCUGAUGGAAAUCGCUCACACACAUUACUGGAGUAAAGAUCUGUCCGAAGGUAGCGGCUUCGACAGCUCUCUGAUGUCGCAGGCGUCUAGCCCAUUCGGUAGCAGAGAAAAUCUAAAAUCCCCGCAAUCCCCGAAUCAACCUGACUUCAUGGAUCCUACGCAAAAAUCGGAACUACCGCAAGUGCAUUUGGACGUGCCACAGGCACCACCAGCGGGGGAUACAAGCCAAUCGACGACGGAUAUGUUCCUGGACAUGUUCACAAAGAAAGGGAAAUUUCUAAGCAAGCUCACUUCAUUCGACUCAGAGAGUGGGCGGGGUGGUGGAACGGGGAGCAGCGAAGCUUUAUCCACUGACGGAGGUAGCAUUAUCACUAAUCCUGCUUUUCGGCAAGCGCACCAAGCUUCCUUCCGAAGCACCGUGUCUGAUAGCGAGGUCGAGCAAGGCAAUUUUCCUCGACAGGGCAAGCAGCGUUCCGGCAGCGUCUGGUCCAGCAAGUCGUCUUUAAGCACCGGAUUUCGGUAUCACGGCGGAAGUUUGAUACCUACCACAACGUUACCAAGUCCGGAGACUGCGAGAACGUAUCUCUUUGAAGGUUUAGUGGGGAAGGACAGAUCGUCUCUGUGGGACGAAAUGCAAUUCUGGGAGGACGCCUUUUUGGAUGCCGUCUCGCAGGAACGCGACAUGAUGGGCAUGGAUCAAGGACCCGGAGAAAUGGUGGAGAGAUACAAGAGUUUGAGUGAAAGCGAAAGACGAAGGUUGGAACACGAGGAGGACAGACUGCUGUGCACUUUGCUGCACAAUCUCACCGCCGUACUGGUGAUGUUAAACGUUGAUAAGAACGAGCUGAAGCGGAAGGUACGCAGAUUGCUGGGCAAGAGUCACAUCGGCCUCAUCUACAGCCAGGAAUUGAAUCUACUUCUCGAUCAAAUAAACAAUCUCCACGGAAACGACAUCGACCUGAAGCCCUUAACAUCCCGGCAAAUGCAUCGGCAAUCGUUUACCGUACACUCGGGGGUCGACGCCGAGGGCGAUUUGCGCUUCCUCGAGGUUCGCCACGAUGGUCUCGUGCUGAGAUCGGUGAAUGGCGUAAUAGUCGAGCGAUGGUGGUAUGAGCGCGUAGUCAACAUGACCUAUAGUCCGAAGAAUAAGGUUCUAUGUUUAUGGAAGAAGAGUGGCGGCGAUACCAAGUUACACAAGUAUUAUACUAAGAAGUGUAAGGACGUGUACUACUGCAUUAAGGAUGCAAUGGAGAAGGCAGCAGCUCGCGGACGAGGCGUGAACGUGGCGAACGAGCUCGGCGGUGAGUUUCCGGUGCAGGAUAUGCGAACGGGUGAGGGCGGACUUCUGCAGGUCUGCAUGGAAGGCGUCGGUCUCCUCUUCGCGAAUAGCAAGUUUUUUGUAAGACUCGAUCAUAUCCGCAAGUGCUUUACUCAAAAGGAUGGAAUCUUUGUUUUGGAAGAAUUCAAUCCUAAAACUAGACAAGUAAUUCAACGUAAAUAUAAGUCACAAAUGGCGUCUGAUAUCUGCUAUGCUGUCCUCUGCGUAUUUUCUUACGUGGCGGCUGGUUCGGAGCAACGAAAACAACAGGGCCAGCAGCAACAGCAGCAACAACAACCGCAGUCACAAUCGCAACAACAGUAUACCCUGCAACCGCAUCAACAACGUCAGCACCAACAACAGUUGCAACAACAGCAGCAACAACAGCAGCAACAACAGCAGCAACAUCAGCAGCAAUAUCAGCAGCAACAUCAUCAGCAACAAAACUAUCAAAUUCGAUAUCCCUAUCAACAACACAGACAAGAGCAAUCACAAUCGAGCAAUGUAACACCGCAGGUGCACAAAAACACGCAGUUGGAUCCCUAUCCUCGUCAACACUGACACAGGCAACGACACUCGCUUCCCUUCGUUAGCAUCCACGAUAAGAAUAGUUGCGCCCCUUAUGCCUGUCUACCCUGGGUAUAAGAGUGUUAUCUCUUUUCCAAAGAGUAUUUUAUUUAAAGAUUCAUGAGAGCACAUAGGCAAGAUAAUAAUUUUGUUAUUUCU